GAGCGCCCGCUCUUUACGUCACUUCCAGGUGGGAGGCGCUGGAGGGAAUCGUUGUGCGGGCAGUGUGCACGGGUUGUUGUUAAAAUUAAACGCGAGUCUCCGGCUCCAGUUGCCGGGGUAGGCCGCCAAAUCACGAGAGUGGAAGUCAUGCCAGAGGCGGGCAGCCAAGAAAAAGGACAAUGAGUACGUGCCGUUGGUGCACGCCUGGUGGUUCUGCUGCCACCGAUCUUCUCAGGGGUUAUGCUGCCGGAGAGCUACACAUACAGGACGUCCAUGAAGCCAACGAUGACCUCAGUUACUGCAUGGAGUGUGUGUUGGAGUACCACCGAGCUCGGGAUGAGGUUCCGCAGCUCCACAAGGCACUGUGGGAGAUGGAAACAUCCCGCAUCAUUGCCUGGCUUGAAAAGUCCUUGCAAGAAGAAAUAGAGGAAGACGAUGAGCUCUUUUUGAUUGAAGAAGAUGGAGAGAAACCGCUGUUUGGCUACACAGAUCCCAACUUUGAGAGCAAAGUUCGCGUACCACUUUUAGAAUCCCUCAAGUACCCAUAUUUACUCCUCAACCAACGAGUCAGCCAGCUUUGUGCUGAUGCAUUGUGCAAGAUGGAACAAGUGAACAAUUCCUUUCAGGUGUACGAGAAACUUCCCGGGGUAUAUCUCCUGCUAGUGCAUCCCAAUGAAACUGUCAGACGUUGGGCCAUCUUGACCGCAAAAGCUCAGGGAAAGGUAGACAGAGAUGACUAUUAUGAGCUGCAGGAGGUCUUCACUUGUCUGUUUAAGGUUAUUGAGCUUGGCUUGUUUGAAAACCCUGAUCUCUACAGUACAGAAUUGGAGGAAGGGAAGCUAAUCCUUCUGCCUUCACACCUGUAUGAUACAACCAACUACAAGAAUUACUGGCUAGGAAUUUGCAUGCUUUUGACUGUCCUUGAAGAACAAGCCAUGGAUUCAUUGCUGCUAGGUCCGGACAAGCAGAAUGAUUUAAUGCAGUCUAUCCUUCACAUUAUGGAAAAGUAUACUGAAGAUGAAAGCCUUAACCCCUUCUGGCCUGCUCUUCAUUGCUUCAUGAUGAUCCUUGACCGUUUGGGCUCUAAAGUCUGGGGGCAACUGAUUGAUCCCAUACAGGCAUUUCAAACCAUCAUCGCCAGCCCAAGUUACAACAGAGAGAUUGAAAGUGUCCGGAAAAGCUGCAUGAUGAGGCCGAGCAAAACUGAGCCAGACCCUAGUGAUGACGAUGACCUUGUGACAUGCAGCCAGAUUGUUUACAGCAUUAAUACAGAGAAGAAAAAAAAAGACACAGGAUGGAGGAAUGCAAUCUGUCCUGACUACUGCCCCAACAUGUAUGAAGAAAUGCAGUGUCUUGCAAGUAUCCUUCAGUCUGAUAUUGGUCAAGACAUGCGGGUCCACGACAGCACCUUCUUGUGGUUUGUCCCAUACGUUCAGUCUGUGAUGGACCUGAAAGAUUUAGGGGUCGCCUACAUCAUUGAAGUGAUUCACCACCUGUAUUCUGAAAUAAAGGAUGUUUUCAAUCAGCGGACCCCACAGUGUGAUAAGGUUACAGAACUUUUCAUUUUGGUCUUGGUUUCAAUCAUUGAAUUACACAGAAAUAAAAAGUGCCUUCAUAUGCUCUGGGUGAGCUCACACAAAUGGGUUGAAGCCAUUGUGAAAUGUGCUUUGCUUCCAGCCAAAGACCAGCAACUCAGGAGUAAUCCUAGAACAGCCACGAACUAUUCCUUGUCUUCCUCCCCCAACUCGCAGACUGGUGGUUCUGUCCAAAGUGCUUGCAUCCAGCUAAUUCGAAGCCUCUUGCGAGAAGGUUACCAGCUCGGACAGCAAGGCACUUGUAAGCCGUACCUGGACAAACUCAACUUCAUCAUCAGAGGCAAUGUAUGUCGAAAUCUAGAACUCAGCAAAACGGAAACUCAAGGUUUGCAAACAUGUUUGACGCAGAUUAUUAAAAGUGUCAAGGAUAAAGCAUUAUCUGCCCCAAGUUCUACUUUGGAGCAAAGUUCAACAAGUAAAACACAGUCUGUGCCCUUCAUAAAAAUUGAAAGAAUGGACGAUGAUGACGACAUGUGGUAUGGCUCCAACUGCACGUCUCCGCUUUCCUCUGUAGAUACUAAAGCUGGCGCAGCAUUAAGCUCAUCUUUUGGCGUGGAAGGCUGGAGUGUACCUACUGUUAAAAGUGAACCUCAGGAGACACGAAUUUCAGAGCUGAAUCCCUCUGCUCUUGGGUGUAGCUCCAGUGCCAAGACGUUUAAAAAAGAUCUUUCUGCAGGCAAAGGAUGCGCGUCAUCUGCCGACACUGUGCUGGACGCAGCUGUGGAGCUGAAUCCAAAACCCAAAAAGGAGCUAACGGGUUGGCAAUCCAAGCUAUCAAAGGUAAUGGAGAAAUCAUCAAGCCGGAAAAUUAGAAGAGAAAGUUCAGUCUCUAGAAGAAAUAUUAGUGACGGUGAUCUCGGCAAGGGCUUUACUAUGGAAACCAAAGCUGGGUCAAUUAAGACUGAGCCAUGUGACCCAGGGCUUAGCGAAGUCAAUGGUAAUUCUGUUCCUUUAUCGGGUCUCAAAAGAAAACUCAAAGAAGAAACUUCUGAGAACCUUCCAGUAGCUAGACAGCUAGAAAGGCUUUCUUUAGAAAAUGAGCAUCCAGAAGCUAAGGGACUUCUUAAACCUCAUUUAGAUGAAGAAACGAGUGGUGCAAAUAGUUAUGUUAAAAUUGAUGAAGAGCCAGAGGAUGACGAUGACCUUCCUUUGACUGAGAUUAGAAAGAGAUUGUUAAAGCAAAGUGCGCGGCGUGCAAACCUUACCAAUUCUCAGGUUGAUCGUGAUCUUGACGGUUUGUCUUUGGCUGCCCAUGCUAAGUACCUUUGCUUUUCUGAGGACUCUAGCCAGGACAAGGUUGCUCCGCCAGAGCCCUGCCUAAUUGAGAGGAAGGUGAAAGGUUCAAAGAGAUCUUCCGUCUUUGAGAGUUCAUCGUCUGACACAGAGAUGUCCUCGGAUCAGAUCAUAACAAUCUCGGACUCCUCUUCAGACGAGGAAAUUAAGCCAGUCCUUAAACAUUUAAAACCUGAGAAACUUGAAAUUCGCAAAGAGGACCCACCGUCCACGUCUUCCUCCCCUUCCAAACCAACGAAUGAAGUUCAGAUAAAACCCGAGAGAUCUCCUCAGACAUGUGAUCAAUACGAUUCACAGUUAUUUGAGUUUGAAACAGCUGAUGAUGUGUUUUCAGUUUGGCAAGACUCUUGGGUUGAUGAGAAGAAGCCCUCUCCUGACCAGGCACAAAAAAAUGAAAGUUCUAAAGUGGAAGCUGAUGAUAAAAAAUGUAAUGACUUUGAAUCGGACAAUGACUUUGACCAGUGGGGUUACGACACGGAUUACAUUUGCGAUGAUGCCAUUGAAAAAGCAGCACAGGAUGCCGAGAAACAGUUUCGAUUGUCUAUGCCUCACCAAAAAGAUCUUAAAGAGAAAAGCCAUAGUCGUUCAAAUGAAAGCUUAAGUUCUGAAAAGUUUUAUGGUAAAAAAUCAAAAACCUCUUCCGAAAAGAGUAGUAAACUGUCUGUAACGAGUAAGACCUCAACCGUGCCAAAGAAAACACCGUUAUCCUCCUCAAAGACCGCUUUAAACAAGAAAACAGAGACUGCCGCCGGUCAAAAAAUCUCAUUGAAGUCAAAAAUAAGCAGAACAAAAAGUCCAGUGAGAGCAUAUACUGAAAAUAAAAAGCACAACAGUCCCCGUAAACCAUCGCUUGCUGUGGUUCCUCCGAAGAAGAUUCGUGUCUGUCCCGAGCUACCUUCCACCGUGGAGAAACUUGGCCUUAAAAAAGCCCCCCGCAAAGCAUUCGACUUGUCACAACGUUCUCUAGACAGCUUAGCAGAACUGCGUAACUAUGGCAAAUCCGCUGGGAAGGUAGAGCCUAACAAACAAAAGACAAAGCUGAUUUCGCCACAGUCGUUACUGGUAAAAGGGAACAAAAGGCUUCUGGCUUGUCAGGACCGGCAGUUUUACCGUCAGUCGAGACCCAAAGAGAAAAGUGCCGAGCACUCAGAGAGUCGCAAAAGAAAAUUGGAGACCUCAAAGCACCCUGGAAAGGAAGAGGAAAAGAACGUGUCGCUUUCAGGACAGAACAAACACACUCGUAAGAGCAGCUCUGACGUAAGUCCAAGUAGUUCUAGCAGAGAAGAACCAACGUAUAUGCCUUCUGAAGCGGUUAAGUCAUCUGAACAAUCUUCAUCUACUGCUAAUGGUGAGAGUUCUGCUGGGAAGGUAGCUUGUGCUUCUUCACCCGUUGAGAGUACCAUCAGGUCUCCGUCAACCGUAGUAAAAGAAUCUAGUAAUAAUGAAGAGGUUGAUGACGAUGACGGUGAUUUAUUCUUAACCCAGUCAGAUCCAGUUGACAUGGAAGAAUGUUCUCAGAUACAACAUGCCAUUCAAAUUGGGGCCCCAGAAGACGGUAGCACACCCAACACUGUGCAUUCCUCUCCAUCGCUCCCAGAAAAAGUCGAGCACUCAGUGUGUAAGUAUAGCGGCUGUUCGGAGACCGUUAGUGGCAACGGAGAACAUUGUGCAAAGCAUUCUGUACCAGAAAAACCAAGCGAUCACUUGUUUGCGAAACCCGGUCUGCCGCCUUCUCUUCAGAAACCCAUCAAACCUUCCACGGCCAAAGUUUUUGGUUCUGGUAACAUUUCAAGGACUGCUGCUCUUACUAAAGAUCUGGAAAACGUACCAAAGAUCCACGGUGUUUCUAAAGCUAAAGUCCAGCCACCCAAGCCUGCGUUCCAGAGACCAGCCAUGUCCUCAACCGGCCAAAAUAAGCCUUCAGUUCCACAGGUUACAAACAGCGUACUGCAGCCGCUUAUCAACCAAAAUAAUAUCCCAUUACAGACUGGUUCUUCUCCUGUAUUUCAGAAAGGAAACUUUCCUCAUCAUCAAAUGGGCCUUUCCCAAAUGCGUGACCCAGGUUGGCUAAUGAGGGAGGUUCUGAAGUGGAGAUAUGAAAUGUUUAAUAAUGUUUCUCAGUUUGGACCUCCUAGGGACCUCUGCGAAUUACCUCUAAUGAAGGUUCCUCUCAGGUUUUCUGGAUACGAUGAAUAUUUCAAUGCUUUCUUCCCCCUGAUGUUACUAAAUAGCUUUGAAUCGUUGGCUCAGGAUUGGUCAACUAAACAACAGACGAUAAAUUCCCAUCUAUGCAGGCUGCAGUUACAGAAUUUUUGCAUCGACAGUCAAGUAAACCGGGGAGAAUUUCAAGCUUGGUUUAGGGAUGCAGAUUUUAACAAGCAGCGCCAUCCCAAGGAAGAUGACUUGGUGUUUCUACUUACGCCAGAGUCGCAUAACAGCAUGACAGGGGAGGAAGGGGAACAGCCAACUUCCCUAGUGUAUCACACGGGAUACAUGUCGCGUUUUAUUCGUUCCCAGCGCACACAGAUCCAGGACAAGGAGCAAUAUACGCUGUGUGACUUUUGUAUCCACACCUACGGAAACCUUUCUGGAAGCCGCAAUCGGCAAGUGCAGUGCGUGGUGGUGGGCAGUCUGAUUACUACGCAAAGGCAAUACAAAGCGUUGCUUAAUCUGCCAAAGUCACCGCUCUUCAAGCCCAUCAUCCAUCCCAGUCCCUCACAUUUCCUGCCAAGGGAUAACCUAAGAAGCGAGAUCAACUUGUUCCACAGCCUGAAGGAGUAUAACAGCGAUCAGAAGAAUGCCAUCGAAAAAGCUUAUGCUAUGGUGAAACAGCACCCCAAAUUACCCAGAAUCUGCAUGAUCCACGGCCCGCCGGGGACCGGAAAGUCCAAGACAAUAGUGGGCUUUCUUUAUCGAAUUCUUAUGGAGAAGAGCAGCAGCAAUGUUCCAGAUCAAAACUUCAAUGUCAAAAACAAGAGGAACAGAGUUUUGGUUUGCGCCCCGUCCAACGCAGCUAUCGAUGACCUCAUGAAGAAGAUCAUACUAGAAUUCAAAGAGAAAUGCCACGACAAGAACAACCCCGUCGGGAACUGCGGAGACAUAAAUCUGGUUCGCCUGGGAGCGGAGAAAAGCAUUUCCAGCGAUGUUAUAAAGUUUAGCCUGGACUGUCAAGUAAACUACAGAAUGAAUCGCGCGCAGCAGGAUCAUAACAUGAUCAAACAGAAAGAAGCUUUGGAUAGGCAGCUGGACGAGCUGUCCCGCCAGCGAGCCAUGGAGAGAUGCAACAAGAAUACGUGUGAACAAUUGGAAGAGAAGAUUGCCAAACUGUCCAACGAAAGACAGCUUUUGGCACAUCGCCUAAAAGAGUUCCGCAGGCGUCCGCAAGAGGUUCAACGCAACAUUAUCCUGGAGUCCCAUGUCAUCUGCUGCACGCUGAGCACAAGCGGGGGGUUCCUGCUGGAGUCUGCCUUCCGACAACUAGGACAGGAGCCUUUUAGCUGCGUCAUUGUGGAUGAGGCUGGACAGUCCUGUGAAGUGGAGAACCUUAUUCCUCUUCUCCACCAAUGUUCUAAACUGGUGCUUGUUGGGGACCCGGAGCAGUUGCCUCCAACAGUUAUCUCACUGAAAGCUGGGGAUCUUGGCUUUGGGCAAUCACUGAUGUCCAGGCUUUGCCGGUAUUUGGAAACCGUAACGGCCGACUCCCCGGUUCUUCAGCUGACUGUACAAUACCGCAUGCAUCCUGACAUCUGCCUCUUCCCAUCAAAUUACUUCUACCGGCGCAUGCUGAAGACAGAUAGGGUAACAGAAGAGGUCCGCUGUUCCUCAGACUGGCCUUUCCAGCCGUACAUGGUGUUUGAUGUGUCGGAUGGAUACGAGAAGAAAGAAAGGGAAUCAUUUUUCAACCCCCAGGAAAUUAAAGUCGUUCUGGCUCUCAUAAAGCUCAUUAAAAGCAAGAAAAAAGAGUUCUGCUUUAGAAAUAUUGGAAUUAUCACUCCAUAUCGUGCUCAGAAGGUGAUGAUUAUUGAUGCACUUAGAAAAGCAUUUGGAAACGAUAACAAGCCAGGGGAAGUGGACACAGUAGAUGGUUUUCAGGGUCGUCAGAAGGAUUGCAUUAUUGUUACGUGUGUCCGUGCCAACGCCGCACAGGGUUCCAUCGGAUUUCUUGCAAGUCGACAGCGCAUGAACGUGACGAUCACCAGAGCCAAGUUUAGUCUCUUUAUCUUGGGAAACCUCAGAACCCUUAUGGAGAACAACGAUUGGAACCACUUAAUCCAAGAUGCCCAAAAAAGGGGAGCUCUUAUUAAGACAAAAGAGGACAACUACCAAAAUGAUGUCAGUAAGAUCCUGAAGCUUAAGCCCGUAGCACAACGCACCGCUCACAUUCCUAGUGGAAGAGCAGAUGAGAGGCAUAGGGAUAGUUCCCAUAAUCCGCCCCAGAGUAAGGUUUCAAGGGAGUCUGCUAAGCCGUAUGGAGGUACUGCCCCGACACCUUCACGGCCUGUGGUGCCUCCACCUGACGAUUCCAGAAGGGAUUCCUCUAAAAACUUAGUGAGCCCCUCUACAGCGUCUUCUGCGCCCCGAGAGAAGUUAAAGGACCCCAGGUUAGCUCGUCGACUGGAGAGCACAAAGGAACCACAAGGACCCAGUCCAACAUCUGGACCUUCCCAGCACCGAUUCAUUCUAAAUCGGGGACAGAACAGCAGCCAUCGACCUCUGUCCAUAAUACAUUUCACGGCUGACGUUCGACAGCCUCCGCAACCAACCCCGGGCUCUCUCAAUAGGAGACCAACAAGUAGCUUUCUCAGCGACAAAGAUCGGGCUGGUAAGCCAGCUUCGGAAGGAGACCAUGAAGCAAAGAAGAGGAAAGUUUGAUGAGAACUCCAUUGUGCUUCUGUUAACAGGUGGAACGCUGCAGGCAGAUGGAACAGUCCUAUUCUGUACAGGCCUUGGAAACCGUACCUUUUUUUUGUAUUUAAAACAUACUAUGCAAGAUUCACUCACACAAAUCCCUGUGCUGAUCAAAGGAUGGCUACUACCUGUUGAUAUGGCAAAAAGGGGGUCAUUAUAUAAUACAUGUAUCUAGUAGUGUAAGAUAGUUGUGUUGAUACUGUGAACAAACUUAUUUUAUUAUAGACAGAGAAAUUUUAUAAUGGCUAAAAAAGCCAAACCUUUUUUUUUGUUUGUUUGUUUGUCGUAUAAUUUCUGUUCACUUUGUCUGAAUUCAUUUUACCAUCCUGCAUCCGAUACGAUGGCGCAGUUCUGGUCUGUAUGUAACAAAGCCUCAAAUAUGUUUUUUUCCUAAGUCGCUUGUGUGUGUGGUUAACAUUACCUCUUCUUGAGACUAAAAGUAACUUAAAGUAAUUUACUUUGACCAGCUGAUUCUCAGUUAGAUGAUGGAAUAUAUAUAUAUAUUUGUGGCUGGAAAACAUCUGUAUUUUACAUUAGGCAGGAGGCAGGGAGUAGUAUAUUCUAACGCUCAUUCCUUGGAAUUAUCAGCUUGGUUCUAAUUGUCUUAAAAACCCAAGAACUCAAAUGGUUUUGUGAAAACAUAAUUCAGUUUAUACUUUCAUUUACUUCUGUUACUUUUUAUAAGUGCGGCGGUAGGGGACAAAAUGACAACGUUCAUGGUUUUUGCAUACAAAAACUUCUUUUUUUGUGGUUGUAUAAAAUAUAAAAACCCCUUA